AUGAAGCUUACUACCCUCCACACAACUUUAUUCGUACUCUCUGCAUCUCUUGCCCUCGCCGCAAAUUCCACCGAAACAGCCACAGCCACCUUCGACACAGCCUACGACAACGCAAGCCUCUCUCUAUCAACAGUAACCUGCUCCAACGGCGAGAACGGCCUCGUCACAAAAGGGUACAAUACUAUCGGUGACCUACCCACUCAGGAUGUUACAGGCUCCCUAACCAUCAAGGGGUGGAAUGACGCUAACUGCGGCGCGUGCUACUCGUUAUCGUACAAGAAUGAGACUGUCUAUGUUGUGGCUAUUGAUGCUGCGACUGGAGAGUUUAAUGUUGCGCAGAGGGUUUUGGAUAAGUUGACGAAUGGGCAUGCGCAGGACUUUGGGAGUGUGACGGUCGAUUAUGAGGAGGUUGAUGGGUCGAAGUGUGGAUUUUAA